AGUUGUAUAUGGCUAUACUUUGCGUACAAAAGUAUCCUCAUACAUUUGAACUGGGUACAUGGAUGUUUAUAUAAGCAUCUGGUUAGGGUGCAUGUUUUAUUAUAUCGGCAUUGCCAACCAAAAAAAUAAACUUUUUUGUACCCACAGUCAGCGAUAUAGUGAUCAAGGUUUGAUAAUUAUUUUAUUAAGGCGGAAAAUUAUCUAAUUACUUCUCCCGCUCGUGUGAGGCGGGAGAGAGUGUCAGACUCUUACUGACUAAAAACCACCCAGUUCCUAUUCCUGCUCUUCGAGUCGGAACCCCGGGUAACGGUCA